AUGUCUGGAAUCGUCAACAAGGUCAAGGACAUCCUGCACAAGGACAAGGAUACCACCGACACCACCCACAGCUCACACACCACUGGUACAGGCCACAGCAGCACUACCGGACACAACACAACUGGACACAGCACCAUCAACCCCGCAGACCGCAACAACGACGGCAAGGUAGAUGCCCGUGAUGUGACUGGUACUCAACAUGGUGCUACCGGCGGAUUGUCAGGACACAACACUGUUGGACACAACACCACUACUGGCGGACUGUCAGGACACAACACUGCUGGACACAGCACCAUCAACCCCGCAGACCGCAACAACGACGGCAGGGUAGAUGCCUGCGAUCUGACAGGAAGCAACACUAC